AUGUCAGAAAGAAAAGUAUUAAAUAAAUACUACCCUCCGGAUUUUGAUCCGGCCAAAAUACCCAAACUUAAACUACCCAAAGAUCGUCAGUACGUGGUCAGAUUGAUGGCACCAUUCAACAUGAGGUGCAAAACAUGCGGCGAGUAUAUCUACAAGGGAAAGAAGUUCAACGCACGUAAAGAGACAGUCCAGAAUCAAUUGUACAUGGGACUGCCCAUCUUUCGCUUUUACAUCAAGUGCACACGCUGCCUGGCGGAGAUUACCUUCAAGACCGACCCGGAGAACACAGACUACGCCGUGGAACACGGUGCCACCCGAAACUUCCAAGCAGAGAAACUGAUUGAGGAGGAAGAGAAGCGAAUCCAGCAGGAGCGAGAGGACGAGGAACUGAACAAUCCCAUGAAGGUGCUGGAGAACCGUACGCGGGAUUCCAAGAUGGAGAUGGAGGUGCUGGAGAACCUCCAGGAACUGAAGGAGCUGAACCAAAGGCAGGCCCAGGUGGACUUUGAGGGAAUGCUCGGCCAGUACCGGGAGCUGGAGAAGAGAGAGAGGGAGCGUGAAAAGGAGGAGGACGAGAGGGAGACCAAAGACAUGUUGGAGCGAGCACUUGUGAAAAGACUGCGAGACUCAGACUCCGAGAACGAAGAGGAGACCGACAGACACGGCACAGACGUCCGAUCACAGAAAACCUCCACGAGUGAAAAUCCCACAGACAUCCUCACUGCUGAAAAAGCCACCGAAAUGAACAGGCCCGUAUCGGUAAAGAAGGCCAAGGUGGAAACUUGGGAGAAGAGCGUGGGCACGCUGGGCACGGGCAACGCUCUCGGCUCACUCAUCGUGCGGAAGAAAUCGGUGGUAACAGGUCAAAUUAAGACCUCUUCUCCAGUGCUUUCUCUCAAACCAUUUUCGAUUACGGAUAACCUUUCAACUCCAUCUGCUGCCGUCCCAAACGGGUCCUCCUCGCUCAGCCUGCUGGGUGCUUACUCUGACAGCGAGAGCAAUGACAGUGAAUGA